UUUGCGCCUCUCAACGUCUGUGUGUGUCGGUGCCUGUCUGUCCCUCUGAAACUCUUCCUCUUCUUCUUCUUCUUCCCCUCUCUAACGGUUCUGCUUUCUACCUGUGGAAUCCAUCGAGAGAAAAUGGGUAGAGGCGUUAAGCGAGAGUCCAAGGAGGACAUUCCGUCACUGUCAAACUCGUCUCCGUCACCGAAGAAGACGAAGAAAUCGCCGGAAGACGAUGACGUAAGGUUCGCCGGAAAACCUGUUCCAGCCGAGGAAGCCAGGGACCGAUGGCCGCACCGUUACCAAUCCAAGAGAAAAGUCAAGCUCGGUGUUUCAAUUACCGAAUCGAACAAUGUUGAAUCCAACGAGAAGGAGGUUCUGCAAGCUAGGUGCCACUACACUCAAGCUGUGGUUGAUGGCUGCGUUUUCAAUCUUUGUGAUGAUACAUACGUCCAAGCUGAAGAGGGAAAACCUGAUUACAUAGCCAAGAUUGUGGAGAUGUUUGAAACGAUUGACAGAGAACUAUAUUUUACGGCUCGGUGGUUCUUUAGAGCUGAAGAUACGGUAAUUAAGAACCAAUCUGACCUCAUUGAUAAAAGACGAGUGUUUUACUCAGACAUAAGAGAUGACAAUCCAUUGAAUUCCAUUGUGUCAAAAGUGAAAAUUGUGCAACUUGCAGCAAAAGUUGACUUGGCUGAAAAAGAGAAAAUACUUUUGUCUUCAGACUUGUAUUAUGAUAUGGCAUAUUCAUUGCCACACUUUUCGUUUACAACUCUAGAUACAGCUACAGUAAAUCCAGAAAAUUUAAAGAUGGAUAGUGAUGCAUCCUCAAUAAGUGAAGCUAGUUCAAAUAGUGCACUAGGAGACACUGACGCUGCAAAGUCUUCCCAAGUUUCUAGAUGUCAAGAGUCUCGGAUGACUUUACUAGAUUUAUACUCUGGAUGUGGAGCCAUGUCAACUGGUCUCUGCCUUGGAGCAUCCGUAUCUGGUUUGAAACUGGUUACUCGGUGGGCUGUGGAUAUAAAUUCUAAUGCAUGCGAAAGUUUAAAGUUGAACCAUCCUGAAACUGAGGUGAGAAAUGAAGCAGCAGAAGAUUUCCUAUCUUUGCUUAAGGAGUGGGAAAAGCUUUGUAAAGAAUUUCAAUUGUUGGGUUCCCAUCAAUCAGAAGAUUCCAAUUCUGAACAGAACAGCUUGGACAGUGAUGAUGAUGUUGAUGAUGGCUCUACGGUUCCUUCUGGAGAGUUCGAAGUGGGAAAAUUACUGGCCAUUUGUUAUGGUGACCCAAACAGUGUCAACAAACAUGGGCUGCAUUUUAAGGUGCGUUGGAGGGGCUAUGGGCCUAGUGAAGACACUUGGGAGCCGAUUGAUGGUUUAAGUAAUUGCACUGACAGUAUAAAGGAAUUUGUGACAAGAGGGUUUAAAUCAAAGAUUUUGCCUCUUCCAGGUGAUGCUGAUUUUAUAUGUGGAGGCCCUCCAUGUCAAGGGAUGAGUGGUUUCAAUCGUUUUAGAAAUUUUAUUGACCCUUUGAAGGAUCCAAAGAACUAUCAACUUGAGGUGUUUAUGAAUAUUGUUGGAUUUUUGAAGCCGAAGUAUGUUUUAAUGGAGAAUGUUGUUGAUAUAUUGAAACUAUCUGGAGGAGUUUUGGGUUGUUAUGCCGUUGGUCGGUUAGUUUCUAUGGACUACCAAGCUCGACUGGGAAUACUUGCUGCGGGGUCAUUUGGAGUUCCUCAAUGUCGGAUGCGAGUCUUCCUUUGGGGUGCAUAUCAAAUGGAGAAGUUGCCUCAAUAUCCUUUACCUACACACGAGUUUGUUGGGAAAGGGGUUUGUCCAGUUGAAUUCAAGGAAAUUGUUGUCUGGUAUGAAAAAGGGCAAGCAUGCAAGUUGGAAAAGAGUGUUGUACUUUCUGAUGCAAUAUCUGAGUUACCAGCGGUUACUAAUUAUGAUAGUCAAGAUGAAAUGGUGUAUUGUCAUGCUCCUUGCACCGAUUUUCAGAAGUACAUUAGAUUGAGAAGGCCGGAUAUGUUUCAUUCUAUAGUUGCUGCAAAGAAAGAAUCACAACAGAUGAUAUUGUAUGAUCACAUACCUUUGCAAUUGAAUGACGAUGAUUACGAAAGAGUUUGUCAUAUUCCAAAAAAGAAGGGAGCAAACUUUAGGAAUCUUCCUGGUGUUUUGGUGGGCCCAAACAACAAGGUCGAAUGGGACCGAUCAGUAGAAAGGGUGAAAGUCAAAUCAGGAAAACCUUUGGUCCCAGAUUAUGCUAUGACAUUCGUCCGUGGUACUUCAUCCAAGCCGUUUGCUCGCUUGUGGUGGGAUGAAUUUGUAUUAACGGUAGUGACAAGAGCAGAACCUCAUAACCAGGCUAUUCUCCAUCCGGAGCAAGACCGGGUGUUGACAGUUCGUGAAAAUGCACGGUUACAAGGGUUCCCUGAUUGGUACAGACUUUGGGGACCUGUCAAAGAAAGGUAUAUACAGGUAGGGAAUGCUGUUGCAUUUCCAGUAUCUAUGGCUUUGGGAAGUAUGUUAGCAAAAGCAAGCCAAGGUGUCUCAAAUAAUGAACCUGUCACGACUACUGAUACAAAAUUCCCCCAGAGUCUUGCACCAUUGUCGUCCAAAAAGAGGAUUGGAUGAACACUUCGCUGAGGAUAAAGAACUAGUAAGUUCAAUCUUAAUAAUCUUAAAAUUAUUUUAAACUUGACAUUGAGUAAACCAUUCUUGAAAACCAUCUGGUCAUUGUAUCUUUUAACUUAAAUUUUCGAUUCUUUCUUGUUGUAUUAUCUCAAGAAAUAGCUAGUUGAGUUAAGUCCAUUGAAAGAUUUGUAUCCUUAAAUUAGCAUCAUUUCAAUAUUGAUCAGCUUUGGGACAUCAAGUUUUUAUCAAAACUGCUGAUUUAGAGUG